AUGCGGGAGGUCUACAUCAUGAGGCCGGAUAUCUCUCCGAUGCUGGGCUGGGAGACUGGGAGAGACUCAGAGCCAGCGUUUAUGGACAUGAAUCUCCACGCUGUGCGAGAUGAGAAGACUGCGCCGCAGGUGGUUCUAUACCAGUUCGAUUCCGCGGACCCCAUGAAUCCGCUGGGUCUCCUGAUCGCCUACGCAGAAAGCGCGGUGAAGCCAGUGGUGUCAGACUUUGACACUUUUACUGUGGGCAGCCGUGGCUUCUCGUAUUCGGGCUUUCCGGAGAAGCAGAUCGAACUGAUUCACUGGUCUCUGAAGCACACUCAGCGGCUGCUUGCAACGCCAGAUCACAAAGGAUGGACCUCCCGGUGGCUCGAGGUGUUGAAGCAAGAGGCCAACCAGGGCUUCCACCCCAGCGUGCCGAAGUAUGGAUUCGGCGACGACGUAUCUUGUAGCCUUGUCGAGGACGUCGUCUACGAAACCGAAGCCUGUGGGGCUGUCCGGCAUGGCGCCGAGUGCUUCAACUUCUACUUUCCGCAGGAGUUGGACCAGGAGUUUCUCAUCGUCUGGGAUGGCUUCCAAGAUCCGCCAUGGAGGAGCGUGAGCGAACUGGAGCUCAGGGACUUCCUCAAAAAGAGGGUGGAUGACGGUGGCUCGGAGACCAUUUUGAGAGGAAACCUUUGGAGAGAACGGCAGUUUUCCUAUUUCUAA